AACGAAAGUCAAUCUCAGUAUUCUCAGUCAGUCAGUGUGAAAUCGAAUGAUUAUUGUGUGAAUCACGAAAAUCUUGAAUAUUUAGCUAAAAUUAUUCUCAAUUACCUCGAUAUGUGGUUAAAACUCAAUAAUAUGUGAAUAAAAAUCUUAUACCUGCUUGAUUCUUAUUAGAAAUCAAGUCGUCGACUGCAAAAAUGUUGCGAUACUAUUUCAUGUUGAUAUGUUUACUUUUCCUUUAUUCUGGAGUUGGGGCUUCGGUUGAGGCGAAAGGAGAUAAGGUGGUAGUGGAUUGUAGCACAUUACGACUGGGGCAAUACAUUUGUCCGGAUCCAAACAAAGACCAAAUCGAUCCCAACACCCAACAGUUUGCAGGAUGCGUCAAAGGGAAAGAAGUUCCUUCAGAAGGGGAGGCAGACGUGUACUGUAUUGCAUCUGAAGGAAUUAUCUGCAAUGAAACAAACAGCUCUUCAUUCAAGAGGAAGAUGCCAUGCAAAUGGACCAAUGGCUAUUCCUUAGAAAUAGCACUACUACUCUCAGUAUUCCUGGGUAUGUUUGGUUUGGAUAGAUUUUACCUAGGCUAUCCAGGGAUCGGACUAGCUAAGUUGUGUACUUUGGGAUUCAUGUUCCUGGGACAACUCUUGGACAUAAUUCUCAUUGCUGCUCAGGUGGUUGGUCCCUCCGAUGGUUCAGCUUAUGUCAUACCCUACUAUGGAGCUGGUGUCACAGUCGUCCGCAGCACCAACGAGACCUACCUGCUCCCCCAGGCAGACUGGCACAACAUCACUUGACAGUGGGGUACAAUAUCAUUUGAAGAUGACGAGGACUAUGAAUGGACUUAAGAUCUGUUUCAUGUGAACCAAAAAGUGGACUGACUGUACUAGAUAAUAAGGUUGUAAAUACUUUGUACUUUGUUAAGCUGAUGUGAUUUUUUGUUUUAUGUAAAUGAGUGUUAAUCAUGGUAUUAAGCAAGAAUGGUUGUUAUUAUAAUGGAUGUACAGUACAUUUUUAGAUGACGGCUGUAAAUAUCUCUAGUGUGCCUUCUAGACAAAUGAGAUUGCAGUCCAACUGCACAUAAACAGCCAAUAAGAUGUAUUAAAACAAACUUUCUAUUUAUUUAUUUUAGCUGAAACUGUAUGUGUAAAUAUUGGCUUACAUUAUAUUAUCCCAUUGUUCAAUCAUGUCAACUGUCUUAUACAGGUGUUGUAUGGAAUAUUGAAUUUUGUACAGUUCUUAAUUUUAUUAUUGAAUAUAGAGAAACACUAUAAA